CCAUAAGCCCCAGAUAAUGCCGAAAACUUCCUUGUCAUACUCAUCUCUCUCUCUCCCCCUUAUAUAUAAGAAGGGUGAAAAAUAAAAAAAAGAAGAAAGAUUGGCUUUUAUUUCACUCUUCGUUGCUUCUCUCUUCUGAAUCUUUCUUCUUGCUUUCCCUCUGGCUUGACUUCCCAAAUGGCUUCUGAAGAACAAAUAUCCGCCAUUAAGGGGGCGAAAGUACUUAUGGUAGGGGCAGGAGGUAUUGGUUGUGAGCUUCUCAAGACUCUCGCUCUUUCUGGGUUUCAAGAUAUUCAUAUAAUUGACAUGGACACUAUUGAAGUCAGCAACCUGAAUAGACAAUUUUUGUUUCGACAAUCCCAUGUUGGGCAGUCUAAGGCCAAGGUUGCUCGAGAUGCGGUCUUAAGAUUCAGGCCCAACAUAAGCAUUACACCAUACCAUGCAAAUGUUAAGGAGUCUCGCUUUAAUGUUGAUUUCUAUAAAGAGUUUGAUGUUGUUCUGAAUGGGCUUGAUAACUUAGAUGCAAGGCGCCAUGUAAACCGUCUUUGCUUGGCAGCUGAUGUCCCACUGGUUGAAAGUGGGACCACAGGGUUCUUGGGACAGGUUACUGUACAUUUGAAGGGGAAAACGGAGUGCUAUGAGUGUCAGGCAAAACCUGCCCCAAAGACUUAUCCUGUCUGUACAAUUACGAGCACUCCCUCAAAGUUUGUUCAUUGUAUUGUGUGGGCAAAGGACCUCCUUUUUGCAAAGUUGUUUGGGGACAAGAAUCUGGAAAAUGAUUUGAAUGUGCGCUCUAGUGAUGCUACAAACUUGUCUGAACAUUCUGAGGAUGUAUUUGAAUGUAGAAAGGGCGAAGAUAUAGAACAAUAUGGAAGAAGAAUAUAUGAUCAUGUAUUUGGUCAUAACAUAGAAGUGGCAUUGUCUAAUGAAGAAACUUGGAAAAACCGUAACAAACCGUGUGCUAUAUAUAGUAAGGAUGUCUUUCCUGAUAAACUAACUAAAGAGAAUGGAAAAACAGAAAAAGGUAGUACAACAGAAGAUGUCUCUGCCAUGGCAUCUCUGGGCUUGAAGAAUCCUCAAGAUGUAUGGAGCCUUGCUGAGAAUUCAAGAGUUUUCUACGAGUCUUUGAGAUUAUUUUUCUCGAAGAGACAAAAGGAAAUUGGGAACCUGACUUUUGAUAAGGAUGAUCAGUUGGCUGUGGAAUUUGUUACUGCUGCUGCAAAUAUUAGGGCUUCUUCUUUUGGGAUUCCUUUACAUAGUCUUUUUGAAGCUAAAGGAAUAGCCGGUAAUAUUGUGCAUGCUGUGGCAACGACAAAUGCUAUCAUAGCUGGAUUAAUCGUGAUUGAAGCAAUUAAAGUUUUAAAAAAGGAUAGCAACAAUUACAGGAUGACAUAUUGUCUGGAACAUCCUUCAAAAAAGUUGCUUCUAAUGCCUGUAGAACCCUACGAACCUAACAAGUCUUGCUAUGUUUGUUCAGAGACACCACUAUCGCUUGAGGUUAACACUCAUCAUUCUAAGUUGAGGGAUUUUGUUGAAAAGAUUGUUAAAGCCAAACUUGGCAUGAAUUUUCCAGUAAUUAUGUCGGGAGCAAGUAUUAUUUAUGAAGUUGGUGAAGAUCUUGAAGAGGAUAUGGUAGCAAUUUAUGCUGCAAACCUUGAGAAAGCCUUAUCAGAGCUGCCUUCUCCAGUUAUUAGUGGGACUGUACUUACCGUAGAGGAUCUACAACAGGAGUUCUCAUGCAGGAUCAAUAUCAAGCAUAGGGAAGAAUUUGAUGAGGAGAAGGAACCUGAUGGAAUGCUUCUCUCUGGACGGGUUGAAGCUCCUGUGGAUAAGAACAGUAAUAAGCCUAUUGGGAAUGGUGAAAGUACAUCCAGUGCUUUGUCAACGGAGGAGAUUCAGGAGGGUGAGAGGGAUGUUGAAAUUCAGGAAACUUCUGAGUCGGCUGAAAAUGUUACUGGGAAGAAAAGAAAACUGUCUGAGGUUUCCAAAGGCAGUAUUCCAGAUCAUUCAGGUCUUCCUGAUGAAAGUAGUAGAAAUCAAAACCAACUUGAAAAGCUUGAUGUUGAUGAUGAGGAUGAUGAACUCAUCAUAUCUAAUGAUUGGGAAUCACUCACCAAAAAGAAAAGGUUGUAAUAGGUUUUUACUUCAUGUUGAUUGUGGACAGCACAUCUUACCUCUGAUUUUGUAUGGUUAGGUUAAAUGGUAAUUCUUUUGGAGGCCAUAAUUGUUACAUUAGGACCAAAUCGAUAGUAUUUUGCUUGGUUUGAUGUUACGAAUUGUUAUGUCCAUUCCCUUUUUGUCGGUUUUCAAGCGUAGCAACAAUGUGUAUUUGUCCUAGUUUUAGAUUAACCAAGGGUUGUAACAUUGGUAUCCAGGUUUCUUUGAACAUCAAUGUGAAACUGCUUACUCUGAUUAUUAGAAACAAUGCUCUCUGGAAUAUGAACUAACCUGUUUCACA